AAUCAGUUUCCAUCCCGCUUUCGGUCGACAAGAUCCUUCAGUUCUUUCUCUCUCACUCAAUCCAUCCAUCAAAUCAUCAGUCAAUUUGACUCUACUCUUUCAAAAUGGUAUUUAUGCGCUCCGUCUCCCGUCAACUUCGACGGCCUGCGACUUCUCUUCUUUCGAGCAGAGGCCCUCUCGCAUCGGCGGGCAGCAGUCCCUUUCGGACCUCGCCUUUGGCCAACUCCAUUGCUGGUGCACGUACGCUAACCGCCUCGGCCAAUCUACAGGGCAAGGUUCUUAUGGUUCUCUAUGACGGCGGUGAGCACGCCAAGCAGCAGCCUGGUCUUCUGGGUACCACUGAGAACGAGCUUGGUUUGAGAAAGUGGCUGGAGGACCAGGGCCACACUUUGGUCACCACCUCUGACAAGGAGGGUGAGAACUCCACUUUCGACAAGGAGCUCGUUGAUGCCGAAGUCAUCAUCACCACCCCCUUCCACCCCGGUUACCUCACCGCGGAGCGUUUGGCCAAGGCCAAGAACCUCAAGAUCGCCGUCACUGCCGGUGUUGGCUCCGACCACGUCGACCUCAACGCCGCCAACAAGACCAAUGGCGGUAUCACUGUUGCCGAAGUCACUGGCUGCAAUGUUGUCUCCGUUGCGGAGCACGUUGUCAUGACUAUCCUCACCCUAGUCCGCAACUUCGUUCCUGCCCAUGAGCAGAUCCGUAACGGCGAAUGGGACGUUGCUGCCGUUGCCAAGAACGAGUACGAUUUGGAGAACAAGGUCGUCGGAACUGUCGCUGUCGGCCGCAUCGGUGAGCGUGUCCUGCGCCGUCUCAAGCCUUUCGACUGCAAGGAGCUGCUCUACUACGACUACCAGCCUCUCUCCCCUGAGGUCGAGAAGGAGAUCGGCUGCCGCCGUGUUGACGACCUCGAGGAGAUGCUCGCUCAGUGUGAUGUCGUUACCAUCAACUGCCCUCUGCACGAGAAGACUCGUGGUCUGUUCAACAAGGACCUCAUCUCCAAGAUGAAGAAGGGCUCUUGGCUCAUCAACACCGCUCGUGGUGCCAUCGUUGUCAAGGAGGACGUCGCCGAGGCCGUCAAGUCUGGUCACUUGAGAGGCUACGGAGGUGAUGUCUGGUUCCCUCAGCCCGCCCCCAAGGAUCACCCUCUGCGCUACGUCCAGGGCCCCUGGGGCGGCGGCAACGCCAUGGUUCCCCACAUGUCCGGUACCUCCAUCGACGCCCAGAUCCGUUAUGCCAACGGCACCAAGGCUAUUCUCGAGAGCUACUUCUCCGGUCGCCACGACUACAGAAACGAGGACCUCAUCGUCCACAAUGGUGACUAUGUCACUCGCGCCUACGGUCAGCGCAACAAGGCUUAGACCCCGGAGGACAUUAAUAUGAACCACAUGACUCGAAUAGUUCGGCAUAUGUUCCUGGUUUGAACGUCUCCUUGACGAUUUAGCUAUUUAUGAUACCUUCAAAAUACAAAUAUCUUCAGUUC